AUGGCCCCUUUGCCCGCAACCCUGCGAAGCUGGUGGCGCAUGAUUUGGCAAGAACAGGUGACCGCAAUAGUCAUGGCCACGCCCCUCAACGAAAAUGGCACAGACCUCUGCUCCCGCUACUGGGCUCCGUCUCCUGUGAGUGGACGGCCAGAAUUGUCCAUUGGCUACCUGCGCACCCUGCUCCAAAUCGAGGCAGAGGAUGGCGAGAAGCGACAGCUGAUGCACUUUUGGAUGUACGAUUGGAAUCCCAGAAAUCCCGACAGCCUACUCUACUGUCUCCGUGACAUGCACCUGAGCGAAAAGCAGCUGGCCAAGGGCGGCCCCAUAUUGGUCCACGACAGCGCCGGUGUCGGCCGUGCCGGCGUUAUCAUUGCGACCGACUUUGCAACCGAGCUCCUAGAGUCAACGGGCAAGGCGGACACGCUUGGUAUUGUACGCGAGUUGCGCCAGGAUCGCAUGGCUCUGGUCCAAACUCCGGAGCACUAUCUGCUUGUGCAGCAGGCCAUUCGGCUUUUUGCUCGAACGGCCGGUGUGGCCUUGAGCGAGAUUGAAGAUAUCCACACGCAGCCCGAGGGCGCGCCUGCAGCUCUGACAGACACCAGUGCUCGCUCUGGUGCCAUCGAGCACAUCUCCAUGCAAGCCACAAAAAAAGUCAACAAGAAGAAAAAGAAAAAGCAUCGCCUCAGCUUUCGUCGUCGCGAUGGCGAAGAUUCGAGCUCAGAUGACUCGGACAACGAAGGCAGCGGUAAGAAGAAGGGUCGCAACAAAAACAAGGGCAACGCCCUGGCCGAUAAGCUGCGCGGCCUGCGUCAAAUUCACGAGGGCGAUGAUGAUCUGGACAACAACGUGGUAUGA